AGACUACAACCCAGUGGCGAAAGAGUUAAGUCCAAAAUCCGAUUAGUGGACGUUGGAGCUUCAUAGUUGGAGCGGUUUCUCUUACAUUUCCAGUCAGACGCGUGUCACGUGGUCAGAAGUCAGCGGAUCCUCCUCGCUCCUCCUUUUUUCCACGACAUGGAUUUCUUGACAGACCGCGACGUGCAAAAGUACAUGGAGGACGGCUAUGUGGUUCUGGACGGCCUUUUGACCCCGCCAGAGUGCGACCAGCUGCGACAGAGGAUGUCCGAGGUCGUGGACAACAUGGACGUCCCGGCGCACUGCCGCACCACCUUCUCCACCGACCAGGAUGAGCAGCUCAAGACGCAGGGAAACGCAGACUAUUUCAUCACCAGUGGCGAUAAGGUCCGCUUCUUCUUCGAGAAGGGAGUGUUUGACGACAAAGGAGAAUUUGCGGUACCAAAACAUCGAUCGCUGAAUAAAAUCGGACAUGCACUUCAUGCUUAUGAGCCUUUGUACAGAAAAGUGACUCAUUCAGCCAAAGUCCAGGGCAUCGCCAGGAAGCUCGGCCUCGUUCAUCCCGUCAUAGUGCAGAGCAUGUACAUCUUUAAGCAACCUGGGAUAGGUGGGGAAGUAACUCCUCACCAGGACGCCACGUUUUUGUACACGGAGCCCCUGGGCAGGGUGAUGGGCCUGUGGAUCGCCCUGGAGGACGCCACUGUGAACAAUGGAUGUCUGUGGUUCAUCCCAGGGUCCCAUAAAACAGGCGACGUUACUCGACGAAUGGUGCGGACCCCCGAGGGCACCUACCCCCUGACAGGCUUUGUCGGCAAAGAGCAGGACUACGACGACAACAAGUUUGUCCCAGUCGAAGUCCAAAAAGGUGGCGUCGUGCUGAUUCACAGCCAAGUGGUGCAUCGCAGUGCUGAGAACGUCUCUGAGGACUCCCGGCAUGUGUACACUUUCCACGUCAUGGAGUCACGUGACACCCAGUGGAGCCCCGAGAACUGGCUGCAGCCCAGUGAAGAGCUUCCUUUCCCGCCUCUUUACACCAAAUAAAGGAUUUCACGGCAAAGUGACAAGUACUUUUUAUUAUCAAAACGGGAUCAUUUCAUACAAAAAUCAAUACAAUGAGUUGAAAUAACACUUUGUGCGUGAAUUGAUUGGACUUUAAUAAAAAGUUUUGCUCUGUCAAACCCACGUCAUCACGUGACUUCAGGAAAAGAAAUGCAUGCUCAUGCUGGUAAGUAAGUAGUCUCAACAGAAAACAUUUUUUAUAAAAAUGUUGGUAGACGGACAAAAGUCCUUUUCACAGGAAAAAGGAAUACUCCAUUGAAGUGCGCCUUUUCGAGGUCCCAUCGAACCAGUGGAGUGAACCUACAAAAAUAGAGCCUACUUUUUUUCCACAUUUGUUCAUGCAAGAGUACAGUAGAAAGUAGCCUCACUUAUACAGAAACUUCAAAAGAUACAGGGACCACUUUUAUUUUG